UACACCCAGCAGAUGCUGCAGCCAACUGUUCCCUGCAGGGACCCAGGGCUGGCAACUGGCUUUUCCCAGGUGGGGUGUCAGGUGUGCUGGGCAGACACAAAGAGCAGCGUUACCUGGCCAGCCCUUCACAGAGUUUCUGAUGUCUGAGGCAGACUCUGCUGUCAGAGGCCUGUGGCAGCUUCUGAAGAUGCCCAGCUCUGCCACAGCUCCUUGCUCUGCUGCACAGACACCUUGAACCCGGCAGGGUUUGCAGAACCCACGCAGCCCUUCCCCUCCGGAUGCAGAGCGCGGUGGAGAAGAGGAUCUUCAGCCUUUGUGCCGCCUCUUGGUGGCCUUUUCCUUCCAGAAGACAAAGGUGAAAGCGUAAAACCGAGCAAAACAAUCCCAGUCACUGCAAAAAAAUGUUGAUUUCCCUUGAACACUGAAGAGAGAGCUGAAGCCCUGAGGUCCCUGCGGCCCCGGCCGGUGUCGGGCGCUCCGGGCUGACUCAGCCCCGCCGAGCCGGUCCGACAUCCUGAGAGCUGCCACGGGAUGGCCACGCAGGGCAGGAAACCGCUCCGAAGAAGAAAGAAAACAAAUUUAAAAAACCUUUCAGACAGUUGCCAGUAAAGUUUCUUUGGCUCUGUGUCUGGGCAUGGCUCCCAAAUCCAGCCUCUUGCCCUCGGAUAAAGCACUAGAGCCUGGAAUGAGAGUCAGAUGCGUGGGAGGGGUGCACGUGUCUGCGUCUGGGCUGGAAAACAUAUGUACUGUAGUGCCUAGAAAAAGCUUUUUGCUUUGGGCCUUGCUCCAGAAAACCUCUUUCCUUGCUUUUACAACUGUCCCCUGUUCCUUGGGACUACCCAGAUAUUUAACCCAGCCUGAGGACAGGGAGCUGAGGAGUUUUCUCAGUGUCAUUCCCUCUGCCCCCCAGGCCUGGGAACAGCCAGCCUGGGGCAUGCAGCUUCCAGCCCUCACCCUGUUCCUCACCAGGCUUAAUACUCUACACAGAAAGUGAGGCCGAAUAACGUGCACAUGCCGAGUGCUGGAGGAGAGGCUGAAGGACAUCCUGUUUUGUUUCAGCAGUGUUGUUAUUCUUUGGGGUGAAAUGAAGAAUUUGAUUUUGUUUUGGAAACACUCAUAUUUCUGAUGCAACUGAACUUCAGUAACCUUUUUGCAGUACGGAUUUCAACAAAUCAUUUUUUCUCUGUUGAACAAAGAUGCAGAACUUGUCGGUGGUAGAAAGUCUUGGUAACACAGACAUAGCACACUGGGAGCCUCCAAAAGAUCUGGCAGCUGAGGCAGGUGGUGUGUCUCCCCAUGGAAGGGGCUGUAACUGGAAUGAAAGAACGAGCAAUGAAGAAAUUGUUAAUAUUGAAGCAACGCAGCAAAGCCUCCCUGUAAUGAACAGCGAAGGGAGAAGUUGCGAGGAAUUUUCUGAGAGCAGCUUUAGUACCUCAGAACCCAGUGGUUCCUGGGGUGAUUUUGAAGGCUUCACAGAGCACAAAUCAGAGAGAUUCAGUGAUAACCUUGAAUUUUCGGUGAAGUCAGCAAAAACUCAGGGGGCCGAUCUGGAGCGGAGCAGCCGAGGCUGCAGCAUUUCUGCUGCCCAGGUGUGUGCUGAGCCAUCUCUGUGCCGUGGCGUGCAGGAGGCUACGGGCUCUCUGAGUGAGGAAGACCACAGCUAUGAGGAGAUAUUUAAGCUGGGCUUUCCAGAAGUCUUUGUACCACAGUCCAGAGAGUGCAUAAGAAGCUUAGAGCAAGUUCUUGAUGCAAAUAAUGAAGAUGUUUGGAUUCCUGAACUUUUGAAGAAUCAACUUCGCAUGGAUUCUGGAAAUGUAUGGAGAGCACUCAGGGACUUUGAUAAUUCCCCCAGCUCAAGACAUCCCUGGAGUAAAUCUCAUUGCCAAGAAAACCUCUUGAGUGUUCUCGGAGUAGAUGCAAAUCAGAAGGAUGUUUCAGAGAACCAGGCUGAUAUUUUUGAAGAAUCAAAUGUCAAAGAUAAUGAGGAGUUUAGAUUUGAUGGAUUCAGUGUUAAUGACUGCAAAGCAUUGAUCCAGACCAAGCUUUCUGUGUCACCAAACUCCAGACAUGGGCACCUUUUCACCUGUAACCUCUUUUUGAAGACCACGUCAUCAAAUGAAAACACACAGUGUAUAACAAUCCCAAGGAAGAAGCAGAUUUUUUCUACACACAACCUAAAAAUGAAAUUUUUCAGUAGUGAUGUCUGUUGAACUAAAUGCAAUUUUUAGCCUUUUUUUUCUUUUUUCUUUUUUUUUUAACUGAAUGCAGUUUACCUUCAUUUUGUUACUGACUUGGUGCUCUAGACUACAGACGUUCUUUAGGAAAGUGACAUGUUGCUGUGUAUGAAGGACCUAAGGCCACGUUAUUAGAAGAUAUUUCUCCUGUUUAGUUGAGAAGUCAAAUUUUGUAAUUUUGCCCUGCUAAUUUUUGCUGCAGAGUCGUGUUUCUUACAGUAAAUGCUGCAGCUGCAGCCAUGCUUCAAGAUAACUCUGGUGGACUCUCCUGAACUACUGAUCCUCAGGCCUUAAUGCCUCUUCAAUCAAAACCCUUCUUUCCCUGCCAAAACCUGCUCAAGUCUCAGGUGUGUUGUAACGUGCCUUGUCACCAUCUCUGCUCAUCCCUGCUCCAGUUUGGGUCAGCUGAGACCUGUGGCUUUGCCACUGCUGGGUGUAAUGAGAAGAGCCUUUCUUCAUUUGGGGAAUUUCAGUGGGGUUUAGCAGAAUAAAAGGGUUUUAAUUUC